CCAGCCUUUCCUCCCUCCCCUGAAUCGCCGGAGGCAGGACCCGCGGCGGGAGGAGAUGACGGUGGCGGCGGGGGCGGGGUAUGCGCUGAUCGCGCUGGGACCAGCCUUCUCCCUCUUCGCCGGCGUCAUCGCCAGGAAGCCCUUCCUCGUCCUCACCCUCCUCUCCAGCACAUUGUUUUGGCUUGUAAGUUUGAUUGUCCUCUCGGGAAUAUGGAGGGGGUUUCUUCCUCUAAAAUCAGGAGCGUGGUGGCCCUAUGUAAUUUUGAUCCUUACAUCUGUUGCAUUUCAAGAAGGUGUCCGUCUUGUCUUCUGGAGGCUUUACAAGAAAGUGGAAGAGAUGCUAGAUGCCUUUGCUGACCGAAUUGCUAAACCACGUCUCUGUUUGACAGACAAGAUGCUAAUCUCUUUGGCUGGUGGUUUAGGUCAUGGACUGGCUCAUGCAGUCUUUUUCUGCCUCAGCCUCUUAACUCCAGCAUUUGGUCAAGCAACAUUUUAUGUCGAAAGGUGCUCAAGGAUGCCAUUUUUCCUUGUGUCAGCAAUUAUCUCACUUGGAUUCUUGGUCAUCCAUACUUUCUCAAUGAUUAUUGCUUUUAAUGGAUAUGGAGAGAGAAAGAAGAGCGACCAAAUUUUCGUUCCAGUGGUUCAUCUGAUUGCUGCUGUAAUGACACUAAUUAACCUUGCGCCAGGAGGCUGCCUCAUUGGUACACCUUUAUUAUGUGUGAUGGCUGCGCUGACCUUGCAGUACUCGUGGCGAAUGGUAGGACAGAGAUUAACUGAGCACGAGCAUUGACAGUUUUAACAGCUAGCGCUUGCCAUGCACGUUCCAUGGUAAUUCCUUAUCAGCUUGUUUGUAUCUUUGUACUAGGACAACAAUAUGUAUAGAUUUGGUGAUUUUGCCAGUAGUUGCUUAUGAAAACGCAUGCAAAACUGUGGGUAUGAGAAAUCGAGGUAUGUUCGGUUGUUCCA